CUGGUGCCUGGGGGUCCCUGUCCUCCCUCUCCGUCCUCUCUGUCCCGUUCCGUCACCCUCCAUCCCUUGUAGUACUAGUAAUUCCUCCUCCCUCUCGUCCUGGUUGAACACUCUGACGUUCUGCUCCUCCUCUCGUCCCUUUUGACCCCCUUCAAAUCCUCUUCUCUCCUCCCUCCCUCCCUCCCUCCAUCCCUCCAUCCCUUCCCUUCCCUCCUCCUUUCCACCUCCCCUCCCCUCCUCCUUCCCUUAUCCCAUUCGCUCGUCCUGAUUGUUCCCUGGUGGCACAUCAUCGACAAGCAAUCAAUUCAUACGUCCACCCACAAUGAAGGACCUCCGGGGAGAUGAUGACGUGCAGUUGGCCGCCAUGGGCCACAAGGCCGAGCUGAAGCGGAACUUCUCGAUGCUGUCAAUGUUGGGCUUAGCCUUCGCCAUUUUAAAUUCCUGGACCGCUCUAUCGGCGAGCUUAUCGAUCAGUCUACCUUCCGGUGGCUGCGUAAGCGUCAUCUGGGGUCUGAUCACCGCCGGUAUCUGUAACCUGUGCAUGUCGGCCUCCCUGGCUGAGUUCCUGUCCGCCUAUCCUACCGCUGGUGGACAAUACCAUUGGGUCGCAGUCUCUUGGGAGAACUGGAUGCCCGCACUCUCAUGGAUCACGGGCUGGGCGAACGCAUCGGGAUGGGUUGCCUUGACUGCAACGGGUGGCCUGCUCGGCAGUGAGUUGAUCAUCGGUGUGAUUUCGUUGAUGCAUCCCUCGUAUGUGUCGCAACGCUGGCACCAAUUCUUGAUCUACAUCGCCUACAACGUCAUUGCCUUCCUCAUCAACGCUUUCAUGAAUUCGUUGCUUCCGUUGUUUACCAAGGGUGCUUUUAUCUGGUCUCUCACUGGUUUCGCCGUCAUCUGCAUCACGCUACUAGCAUGCGCUGCGCCCAACUACAGCUCCGGAGAGUUCGUCUUCGGAAAGUUUAUCAACGAGACAGGCUGGCCCGAUGGUCUUGCCUGGCUGCUUGGAUUGCUCCAAGGAGGACUCGGUCUCACCGGAUUCGAUGGAGUUGCGCACAUGAUCGAAGAAAUCCCCAACCCUUCCAUUGUCGGACCUAGAAUCAUGAUCGGCUGUGUUCUAAUUGGAACCUUUACUGGUACGAUCUUCUUGAUCGUGCUGCUCUUUGUUUCUGGCAACAUCUACGACGACAUCAGCUCCACUGCGACUCCUUUGCUGCAGAUCUUCGUCAACGCGACUGGGAGCAAUGCCGGGUCCAUCUGCCUUCUGAUCUUCCCCCUAGUCUGUGUCCUUUUCGCUUCCAUCACGAUCAUGACGACCAGUAGCCGUAUGAUUUACGCCUUCGCCAGAGAUGGCGGUCUCCCGGCUUCCCCCUUCUUCAGCAAGGUUCACAACAAGCUCGAGGUCCCGCUGAACGCGUUGUACCUAACCAACAUCUUGGUCAUCAUCUUCGGAUGCAUCUUCUUGGGCUCCUCAAGUGCGUUCAACGCGAUUGUUUCUGCAUCCGUUGUCAUGCUUGACAUUGCGUAUGGUAUUCCGAUUGCCGUGAACUGCCUUCGGGGCCGAAAGAUGCUGCCCGAACGCUCAUUUGUGCUUCCCAGCGCAGUUGGAUGGACUGCCAACCUGGUUGCUCUGGGCUACAUCUCCUUUACUACUGUGCUCUUCCUCUUCCCCCCGGACUACCCGGUCACUGGCAGCAACAUGAACUACUGUGUGGCUGUGUUCGGCAUUAUCCUUGUGAUCUCAAUGUUCCAGUGGAUUGUGGACGGCCGCAAGAACUUCACCGGGCCGCGGAUGGACGUGGAUGUGCUGUCCGGGCAGGUUGGUGCGGGCAGUGACCCCGUUGAAGAGGUGGUCCAACAGAAUGAUCUUCAGGAGAAGUGAACCCUGCCUCGAACUAUCAAGCACGGGUGCUUGGGUAUAUAGCAGUGGAACGUUUUGUAUAUAUAACAUGGCAUAAUUGAGAAUAGAUUUCUGCAAUAUUUACUACA